AUGGGAACGGCUCGUGCAUUGUUUUCUGUGGGAUGUCUGUUAUCAUUUCUGACGGCAUGCCAGGCUACUAAGGUAUACACCGUGGGAGAUGAAGCAGGUUGGACGUUGGGCUAUGAUUAUCACGAGUGGGCAGAAGGCAAAAAAUUUCGCGUUGGAGAUACACUCGUGUUUAACUACCACAAUUCUGAGAUGAGCAGUCAUAAUGUGGUGAGAGUAAACGGAACAGCCUAUGCAAACUGCGUUAGCGACCCAAACUUGGGACUCUAUGAAAGCGGAAGCGAUAAAAUAGUUUUAAGCGGCCCGGGACAGUUGUAG